AAUAAAACAGUUUUAAUAUUUUGAAAUUAUGAUGAUUGUGAUCAUACUAGGCUGCAUUUUUGCUACAGCUUUAGCUGCUCCACAAAAUUUUUACAGGCCACAACAACCUCAGAAUCAGCAGAGCUACAGUAACAAACCAAUUAUUCCUAUCGUUUCCGAAUCAAAUGAACUGAAUCCUGAUGGAUCAUUCAGCUACAGCUACGUUUCUGGAGAUGGUUCACAGGCUCAAGCUCAAGGCUACCUGAAGAACCAAGGUCAGAAAGAUGCCGAGGCUGAAGUUAUCCAGGGCUCCUACUCUUAUACCGCGCCUGAUGGCACACCAAUCACGGUAAACUGGAUCGCUGAUGAAAACGGCUUCAGGGCAGAAGGCUCCCAUAUUCCCACACCGCCACCAAUUCCUGCUGAAAUUCAAAAGUCUCUGGUGCAGAUUUCGCAAGGUCAAGGCGCUCAGCCUCAGGGGCAGUACAGGCCUAAUCCUUUCCAAGGACAAGGGGGUUUCUCCAGACCGUCUAGACCUUCGUAUCGAUUUUAGAAUGUGUUAUGUAUUUUGAAUGAAGAAAUGCUCAUAUAUCGAGUGAAUGCUUUGUAAACAACUGUACCUAUA